ACAUGAAUGGGGAAUUGAAGCGGCCCUUCCCUCCACUAGCUUACAGGUCCAGCCUGACCCGACUGGUACCACCUGGCAGGGUUCCCUAGCUCAGGGCUACAAGCGAUGGCCAACGGCUAACUAGGUUACCAGAAAUUGUCCCAGAAAUACGCCAAAAAUUGUCCCAGAAAAACCGCACCCCAAAAACCUCUCGCCUGGUGGUAAUACACCUCAUUUACUUUCUGGGCUAAAAAAUAUAUUCAGGCCUAGAUUGAACAUUUCUGAAGAAUAUUGAGGCUGGACAAAAUUUAUAGCGCUCUUUAAGAAAAGGAUAUAUCAUCUCUCUAGAUGCCUAUUACAGCAGAUGAGACAUCAAAGAGCAUUUUGGUCCAGAAUUUCAAUUCAAGGAGCUUGUAUCGAGCGAGUGACCUAAUUUCAAUACUGAAUGAGUGCAAUGAGGUUAGAUUCUAAAAUAUGCUGAGCUUUGCUUGUCUUUCCUUGUUGAAUUUGAAUUUUUAGGAGUUGGUGCAUAAAUUGAAUUAAUUAAACUUUUGGUAAAAGAGUAUUAUUCUAUCUGUGUCUCGUGGUUGUUCAUCUCGUGUUCUAUCAGUGACAGUAUUUAGGGACAAAUUUCUGAGGAUGACAUUAUUUUAAGGGUAAUAGAUUUGCCUCCAUGUUAUUGUUUAAUUUCAAGAAAAUGUUUUUCCUAAACACAAUAGCAUAACAUACUGCUUCGAUUCCCUGUUUGCAAGCAGGUAUUUGACAUGCAGUCUUAGCAGAAAGUGAAAGCUCAAAUAUGUAUAUCAGUUUACAAAGGACAAUGAAUCUGAACCCCCACUCCCUGUUAGCGCUGGGGUUGAAGUCGUGCGUGACAACACACGAAUCUUUAUUUAGCAAAAGUGACUGGAGCUACUACUCGUCAUGCGACAGCCUUAAGAAAUGACAUUGUGUGUCUUAUUAUGUUCCAAGGUACAAACCUGGCACACGUCACGCACAAGCAAGAAACGAGAAGUGAUUUCCGGUGUCCGUCAUUUCCUGCAUUUGUUUUCAUGGAAUAUUUGACAGUUCCCUGGUUUAGAACUUUUGCAUCAUUUUUACAAAAGAAACAAAAUAACUUUGAAAGUGUGCUUGCUACAUCUACACUUAAUGUAUCUGCUACAAAAAUUUCCAAUUUUGAGCGUUUCUGCAAAAUCUUACCCUUAUCUUUGUUACCUUAAAUGCUGAGUUCUUUACCCUUGAAUCAAAGGUGGGCCCCAAACCCCCAUGGUACCUGUACAUGUCUUCCUUUGAAGACAUAUCUUUGUAUUUAAAGUCUUCAGCUUGGUCAUUCUAAGCCUUUCAAGCAAAUGCCAUCCACUUAGCUUAUGUUGCAAAGGCUCUCGGUCAAAACACCAUUAUGGAAGAUUCUGGUGACGUUUCUGGUUUCUGCAACGUUUCAUGCCUGGUCAUGUCAUGUCGUAUUGUCAUGCCUUUCUUGCGACAGCAAAUUACAGACUUGUUUAACUUAACAAGUUUGCCCGCUGGCAAAGCAACAAUAUGUGGAAUGUUUCUGCUACUGGUGUUUCUUAAGAUCAAAAUUUGACAUGACUGUGUUGCAGUGCCGUUUUAAAACCGAACAUGAAGGAAAGAGCAAAUAGACAGACAAUGAAAGAGCACUGGUUGAUCUUUGUAUUUCCCGUAUCAAAGGUGCCAGGGACUUUGACAAAUUUCUAAGAAUUCAAACACAUGCCGGUCUCUGCCUUUGUGACUAUUCUUGCAAGCUGCGAACUGAUUUCGGUGGAUUUUCUGAUAAGGAAAACGAAACUGGCAUGUCUUCUUGAGCCAUCUAUUUCUGUGACAUGAAGGGAUUUAUUUCCCAGUGGGUCAAAGUACGUCUUGUCCUUCAUUAUAUAAGAGGUUAUACCUGAACAAAAAGUCAAAAUCAUCGAGGGAACACAGGCUCAACAGAGAAGUCUCAACUCAUCAAACCUGACCAACAAUGGGUUACUUGAGCUUCAUUUCACUGUCACUCGUGAUUGCAAUGGCUACAGUACAAGGGUCGGAUGGACAACAGUCUAAAGCUCUGAGUUACACGUUGUUGAAGCUGCACACGUUCAAAACAGAAACGGAACUCUGUAAAAAGAAGUUCAAGGAUGCUGGCAGAUAUCCUCAAAGACAAAAUGCCUCAUUGAGUUUUGGAUUAGUUCCUAACUGCUCAAACUGUGAAAAACUUACAGUACAGCAGCAUUUGAUACGUAUUCAUAAGGUAGCCAAGAGGUUUGCUAAGCCGCUGGGUUUUAUCUAUGCCUUUGAGAUCAAGAGGCAAGAAACCGAAAUAACGAACUGUGUGGAAAGCGUUCAACUAGAGCUACUAACACUUAUCGGAGUGACAGAAAUGCAGAUUCCAAGAGACAGUAUAAGUCAGCAUUCAUCUGCCUCUAUGGAAGCACUAAAAGUGAAAGCCAGGAAAUAUUUGGAAAAGCUUGCAGGGAACUCAGGAACUCAAGUACUCGAGGAAGAUGUCAUGAAAACAGUAGGAGCAACUUUGAUGAAAGAAAUGUUUCUUGCUGCUGUUGUCAUGCAGAAAAGUAGAUUAGAAAUUCAGAAUAUGGUCACUUCAAACAAUGUGUUUUGAAAAUGCUGGCAAAUAGACAGCAUGCAGAUAGCUUGGGAUUUGUUCAGCAAAUAUAAUAACUAGAUAUUAGCAAAUUACUUGUUUUGUCAAAUAAAUGUACUUUAUUAUUAUUUAAACAAAUAUUUAUUACUUUCAAAGAAAAACAAGGUUAGAA